AGCUUGCAUCACUCCCUUUUGCGAGGUGCUCAGUGCACAGUACACACGGCUUUGCCAGGCAACUCUGCUUCACAUUUGCAGGUUCCCUUCUGACACUUUGCCGAGAAGGGAAGGCAGGCAUAGGAAGGCAGAUACACUGCUGGCUGAAAGCAAACAGUCCUUGCAGAGAGAGUGUGCGCUUGCUUUCCAGUGAGAGUGGUGUCUCAGAGGAGUGGCGGUUGCUUCCCCAGGUGGCUGUAGGGGUGGCUUUUUCGGUCACGGCGUGCAAUGCGACCUGAGCGCUAAGUGGAGUAUGCUGCAGACGAUUUACGAGGCCGAGUCAAGUUUCUCCACAACAGACGGUAGCGUUGGAGCCCAGCCGCUACCCAACCAGAGCGGGAUGCACAACGUGAACAGCUCAGUGGAGAUAAAGUCAGACGUACCGCUGGCCGUGGAACCUCUAUCGCCAUUGGACCUGCGCACAGACCUGAGGAUGCUGGGGCCAGGCUCAGACCCGGGGCUCUGGGAGAGGCAGCUGCAGCAGGAGCUCCUGCUCAUCCAGAAGCAGCAGCAGAUCCAGAAGCAGCUACUCAUCAGCGAGUUCCAGAAGCAGCAUGAGAAGUUGACCCGUCAGCACCAAGUUCAGCUCCAGGAGCACCUCAAGCUUCAACAGGAGCUCCAGGCCAUGAAACAGCAGCAGGAACUUGCAGAGAAGGAGCGGCGUCUGGAGCAACAGCAGCAGCAGCAGCAGCAGCAGCAGCAGCAGCAGCAGAAUCAUCAGCUCCUACAGAACCAGCAGGAGAAAGAGCUAGAAAGGCAUCGGCGAGAGCAGCACAUCUCCAGUUUGAGCCUCCGGGCCAAAGAGCGCGCUAGAGAGAGUCUGGCAGGUGCAGUGGCCAGUACAGAGGUGAAGCAGAAACUCCAAGAGUUUCUGUUGAGCAAAUCAGCAAAGGACCCUGCCAGCAAUGGCGUCAAUCAUUCAUUCAUUCACCACCCCAAGCUCUGGUACAGGUCCUCCCAUCACACAUCCCUGGACCAAAGCUCUCCGCCUCUGGGUGGCACGUCCCCUACCUGCCACUAUACUCUGCCAUCACCCAUAGACAGCAAGGACGACUUCCCCUUGAGGAAGACAGCCUCUGAGCCCAACCUGAAGGUGCGGUCCAGACUGAAACAGAAAGUCGCCGAGAGGAGGAGCAGCCCCAUGCUCAAGAGGAGAGACGGCAACCUCAUGACGCCUUACAAGAAAAGGGCGCUAGAGCUAAUGGAUUCUACGCCCACAAACAGUGCCCCUGGCUCGGGCCCCAGCUCCCCCAUAGGGGCCUCCAGUGCCUUGGGGGCUGAAAACGGACCCUCCUCUUUGCCUACUACCACAAAAACUGAGAGAUGGCCUUCACAGCCAAGAUUAUUCCGACCCGAGAGCUCCAUGUCCGUUUUGAGUUUGUACACGUCUCCAUCCCUACCCAAUAUAUCUUUGGGGCUUUCCACUGCAUCUUCUCCUAUGAAUGUGGCAAUGGGUUUGAAGGACAGAUCAGCAGAAAUAAAGCAUGGACUUCCCGGGCAUCUCCUGGGUCCUGUUCCCCUUCACACCGGUCUAGAGUCCAAAGUGAGCUCCAGUCACCAGGCUCUGCUCCAACACCUCCUCCAGAAGGAGCAGAUGAGGCAGCAGAAGAUGCUUUCGACUGGUCCAGGCUCCUUGUCAUCCCACCCUCCGUCCCCUUUGGCCAUGAAGGAUCGCCCUUCCAGCAGUCGCCCUAAACUACCCAAACAUCGGCCCCUGAACAGGACCCAGUCUGCGCCCCUCCCCCAGAACACACUGGCCCAACUGGUCAUCCAGCAGCAACACCAGCACUUCCUGGAGAAACAGAAACAAUACCAGCAGCAGGUCCAUAUAAAUAAGCUGUUGUCCAAGUCUAUUGAGCAGUUACGUCAGCCCAGCACACACCUGCAGGAGUCUGAAGAGGAGCAGGAGGAGCAAAACAGUGAGCAGACGGAGCGCAUGCAGGAGGACAGGCUGCCCCCCGGAGGAGUCAUCCGGAAGCACACGCUCAGCAGCAGCAGCAGCAGCGGCAGCUCCAGCAUGGAGCUCUCCGAAGCGCACUACGGGGUCAUCAAGGUUAAGGAGGAGCCGGUGGACAGUGAGGACGAGGCUUUGGCAAGUCAGAGCUUAGAGGCAGAGAGGAGCACCUAUCUUCACCAGGUCAAAGGGAGACUGGUGAUAAGAGCCAUGAUCUGAGGAGGACCGUGAAGAGGUCACACACUCCGACAUUCGCAGAUAAACAUCACAUCCCUGUAGUGUAUACACACACACACAUACACACAUUGCACUGUAGGCUGUCUUUGUCAUGCAACAACAAAUGAUCCCUUUUCCAUCAGUUGCUGUCUCGCUCAUCACCCCCUUUGAGACUCCAUGAUCCUGGUCGAGUGCGCUCUGUUCAAGACGCUACAUUUUUAUGUAAAUAAUACAAAGACAAACGAGCUGCUUAUGGUUGUUGGAGUCUGCUCAAGUGACAGAAAAUGAUGUACAUGCUCUGCGUACAUAUAUUGUGGAUUUAGCAUCAGUAGUGCAUCUCCAGAGGACAGGUUAAACAGGUGCACAGUGUGGAUGAGCCAACGUGUGCUCCCUUUGUGCACAUUCUCACCACCGAUUGCUCCUCACUGAAAGUGAUCAUGAAUCCUUACAGUGUGUUUAGGCAGGAAAAAAACCCUACCUACUGUGUUGUUCUGGAAAAUCUACAUUGAUGUUCCAUGUUAAGGGGUGAACAUCUGUCUUAGCGUGAAUGUACAAUGUAAAUCCUGACAGAAGACCUUCCCCUGUGUGGAGCGAUGUUGCCAUUGGAAUAUGCUCCACUGCUCAGAUUGCAGUUUUAAGGAUAACGCAGUAAACCCUGACUCGGGUACACAUGCAUCACCCAACACGUCCCCAGCUCUCUGUCUGUCUCUGUCUCUUGGAGUGCUCUCAGAGCCAGGACCCUGUGUUAGCUGAGCUCUCCUCCCUGCGGGUCCAAUUCAAAAAGCUCCUGCCCAGCUUUCAGCAGAGGAGUCAGACAGAGAGUGAGAGAGGGCUGGGCAGGAAAUGCCUUCUAGAAGCCAGGAGUUGGAGUGAUUCAUGUGUGUAGGAAUGUUUGCGAGAGAGGAGGGCCUUGGCUGGGAUGAGUCCAAGGGGCCAGGCUUCACAAUUGAUUUACUGUCAAGGCGAAUUACAAAGUGAGUGGGGAUACGGUCAAGGGAGUCCUAUAUAUGGGAGAUGGCUUCCUCUGUGUUCCCCAGUGGCAUGCGUACCUCAACAUGCAGGUUUGUUUGAUGUAAUGUCAAUUGAAGAGAAAAAAAACCCUUGGACGGGACCUUGAUUUUUCUUUUGUUUUUCAUGUCCCCUGAAAGUGCCCAUUGCGACAUGUAUAGUCUGUCUUAAAGUGAUCAGUCAAAUGUAUUGGAUAGCUGUAAACUUACUGUUUCAUUCGUACCGUCAACAAUGUGUAAAACUGCUUGUGAGUGUUUUUGAUUCAUUUGAACUGUCUUGUCUUAUUAUCAAGUGUACAAUUCACACUGUCGGGGUUUAAUGUGCUAGGUUAAGUAAACGCCAUCAGAACAAUGUGAGUCCUGUUCUUUGAUUUGAUUGUGCCGAGAAAUCCUGCACUUUUUAAAGAUGGAUGAGGGUGGGGGGAGACAGUCCUAGAAGUCUGUUCAUCGCAGUUUGCUUUUUUUUUUUUUGGCCUUGUGUGACACACUUUUUAAAAAAAAAUAAAGUUAAUUU